ACGUCAAUCAUGAAGGGGGAGGUGAGAAUUGGUUUGACAAAGUUUCAUUGAAGGUAGUUCAGUCAGAUGUUAGCAGAGCAGCAAGAGCAGCUGGAAGCCAGAGCCAGAGAGGGGCAGCACAGGGAGGCUGAAAUUUCAACUCUGUACCAGCGGGAUUUAAAACACAUACAUUCAGCCUGUCACAGAACGCACCCACGCGCAUCUGGUUUUCCAAAAAAGAACCGUACGUGUUUCUGAAAAGAUCAUUUUUCAAAAAGCAGGGAUCACAAAGUAACGAAUAAAUUGACCCUCGGCAAUGGAGUGCCCACGUAUUCACGCUGCAGAUGUGAAUCUUCUUGGAUAAAAAGCUGGAUGAAGAAAAAAAAAAGCUAGCCCAGAAGCUCCAUCAGUGAAACGUGUUGGGCUCCGAUUCCGUUUUAGCGAUGAGUCAUACGGGCCACGGGAUUUAACAGCAGAAGUUUGCGAAGUCCGCUUGCCACAAAAUAGAAAACCAAUUCGCUGCUGGAUCAUUUCUUGCACCCGUUCGUAGCAUCGUUGCCUUUUUGUUGUUGUUGCUGCACAAGGCUGAUUUUAAAAAAGGACAAUUUGGAAGGAGGCGGGAUUUUACUUGCCGGAUUGUCGUGUCCAAACCCGCGGGCGUUAUCUCAUGAAAAUAAAUUUGACUCCAUCAGAUAAACUGCUUCUUGAUGGGCUAUUCCGGCGAUGUUAGUAAUCGUUUGAGACUUUCCGGCUCUGGAGGCUAAAUCGAAAUAAGUUCACGAGGACACCAUGAUAAGGUUGCUUUAAAUUUCGGCGAAGCCGGACCUGCAGUUGACUGGGAUUUUUUUUUUGCACUUUGUCAAUGAUAACCGGUUCGGUGCGGUCAACAAGUAUUUCAACACCCUCUGCAUAUUUGAGAAGAGAACCGUCUACUGACAAUGGCAUCAGAAGUGGUGUGUGGGCUGAUCUUCAGAUUGCUUCUUCCCGUCUGUUUAGUUGCUGCUUGUUUGUUCCGAUACAAUGGGCUAUCAUUUGUAUACCUCAUUUUCCUCCUCCUCAUUCCACUUUUUUCUGAACCCACAAAAAAGACAAUGCAAGGACACACAGGCCGCUUACUGAAAACCUUGUGCUUUACAAGCCUCACCUUUCUGCUGCUGCAUGCCUUGUUUCAAAUUACAAUUUACAGCCUCCAAGUUAAUGAAAAAAUCAAGCCAGGCUUUAAUUGCACAGAUUGGGAAAAGACCUUACGACAGAUAGGAUUUGAAAGUGUGAGUGGGGCAGAUGCUGGGAACAUUAUUAGACUUUUUGCUCCAGAUGUUGGAAUGUUUGUUGCUGGCUUGGCUACAUGGCUUGUCUGUAAAAAAUUAGUUCAGCAGCCACCAACAGAGGAAAUGGCACAGUACAAUCCAGAGUUCCAGAAUGAAGAACAGGAUGAAGAAAAGCUUGAACUGGCUGAUGCAUUCAUUUAUGAGGAAGAUUUUGAGGUAGCAGAUGUAGCUGAAGAGGUGGAAGAAGAGGGAAAUAAACAAAAUAUUCUUCGCAGAAUUGCAACAUACGCAUCGAAAUUAAAAGAAUUUAUUGGCAAUAUUAUAGCAACCACUGGAAAAGUAGUUGUUACCAUUUUACUUGGUUUAACAGGUAUAAUGCUACCAUCUUUGACCUCAGGAGUAUACUUCUUUGUAUUUUUGGGGUUGUGUACUUGGUGGUCCUGCGGUAAACAGUUUGAUCCGCUGAUAUUCAGCUGUUUGUGUGUAUUAAUGGCCAUAUUCAGUGCAGGACACCUAAUUGGACUGUAUCUUUACCAGUUGCAGUUCUUGCAGGAAAUCAUUCCACCUGGUGACUUCUAUGCAAGAUUGUUUGGUGUAUCACCAGUGAUCCAAACAAACUGCACAACUACCUGGAAGAUUAUAGCCAAUCCCAAUAUGUCUUGGCCCCAACAUGUCAAUCCUAUCAUGCUGUUAUUACUUUACUACACUUUGGCGACACUUAUACGUCUCUGGCUUCAAGAGCCAGUUAUAAGGCAUUCUGGCCAAGAGGACAUUGUAAUGGACAGUAUCAGAGAGAAGGAUAUGGAAGAGGAGGAAAAUUAUGAAAGAGAGGAAGAAGAGCAAAAGGAACCAUUAGGAAGUGAUUCAUCUGUUACUGCCAAUAUGAGACGUAAUAUAUGGUAUUCAGCGCACUAUGCAACUGAUGAAAGAAGGCUCCUUACAGUUACCCAGGAUGACACCAACUCCUCCGAUGUCUUGCUGGUAACAGUAAAUGGAAACCCUGUAGACUACAAUAGUAUGCACUCUGCAUUGCAAGGUGAGAAUGGUCCAACCACACUAGAGAUGUACUCCACACCACAAUAUAAAUGGGAAAUGGCCGAUGAAUCCCCUGACAAAACUGAAGAAGACAGAAUCCCAGAUGAGCCAGUUAGUAGCAGGCUCAACAGCCUCAUCACCAUCUUCCGUUUCAUUAUGAAACAAAGCUAUAUAUGUGCACUCAUUGCUAUGAUGGCUUGGAGUAUUACUUACCAUAGCUGGCUCACCUUUGUCUUAUUGAUCUGGUCCUGUGUACUUUGGAUGGUGCGAGAUCGGCGGCGAUAUGCUAUGCUCACAUCUCCAUUCAUGGCCUUCUACGGAAAUGUCCUAUUAACUCUGCAAUAUAUCUGGAGUCUCGACCUCACAGAAGAUGAACUUCCUGAGCUAUCAGGAGUCUUAAAAAAGAUGAAGAAGAACCCAUGUGUUGAACUGAGUUCAAAGAUCCUGUGUGCACUGACUUUCUGGCUGCUACUCCGUCAAUAUAUUACAGAGCGUCAUGAAGCAAAGAAACUCAAGGAAUCUGCCUUGUCAGAAGUCAAAGUGGAGGAAUUAGAAGAUGGCCAACAAGGAAAGGAGAUAAUGAAAGUAUUAGGAACCCUGGUGAUGGGAAUGUUUGUCAAGUAUUGGAUUUACGUCUGUGGUGGAAUGUUUUUCUUUGUGAGUUUUGAGGGGAAGAUUGUUAUGUACAAGAUUAUCUACAUGAUGCUGUUUCUGUUCUGCGUUGCUCUAUAUCAGGUACAUUAUGAUUGGUGGCGGCGGAUCCUGAAAUAUUUUUGGAUUAUUGUUGUUUCCUAUACCAUGCUGGUCUUGGUCCUUGUGUACACCUAUCAGUUUGAGUCAUUCCCAAGUCUGUGGCAAAACAUGACAGGGAUGGAUAUUGAAAAAUUGAAGGACCUUGGAUUAGAACGAUUCAACAUCACAGAUCUGUUUACUAGUAUUUUCAUCCCCACAUCUUUCUUGCUGGUCUGUAUAUUACAUCUACAUUAUUUCCAUGAUCGUUUUCUGGAGCUCACUGAUUUAAAAGCUGUUACCAGCAAACAGGAAAACUCUAUCUAUAGGUUAGUAAAUCAGGAGGGAAGCCUCCCAGACAUCGGUAUGAUGAAUAUUAACACCAGUACUCAAAAAGAGGAAAGAAUGGAGGGUAAAAAGCCAGAGGAGUGUGAAGAUGAUGAUGAAGAAGAAGAGGAAGAGCCCACAGAAGAAAAGACAAAUAAGUGGCAUUUGGUAAUUGACCGACUAACAGUGCUAUUCCUGAAAUUUAUGGAGACUUUCCACAAACUGCAAGUUAUGGCUUGGUGGAUCUUGGAGCUACACAUAAUCAAAAUUAUAUCAUUUUACAUCAUUUGGAUUACAUUGAAAGAGGUUUCCGUGUUGAAUUACGUUUUCUUAAUUUCAUGGGCCUUUGCUUUGCCUUAUGUAAAAUUACGUCCAUUGGCAUCAAGUGUCUGCACAGUCAUGACCUGUAUAAUCAUUGUGUGUAAAAUGUUAUACCAACUGUCUUCUGUUCAGCCUUCAAACUACUCUUCUAACUGUACAGUUCCACAACUCAAUGAGACAAAUGUAGAGAAAAUUGAGACGUUGAACAAAUCAGUGCUUUACGCCAGCCCUGUUGAUCCAGCAAAUUGGAUUGGACUAAGAAAAUCUUCUCCACUUCUGGUAUACCUUAAGAACAACCUGUUGAUUCUUGCUGUUUUAGCAUUUGAAGUGACAAUCUAUCGUCAUCAGGAGUACUUUAGGCUCCGCAAUAACCUUGCAGCUCCAGUAACGAAAACCAUCUUUCAUGGCAUCACAAGGCAACACUUGGAUAAUGGACUGGUGAACUGUGCCAAGUAUUUCAUAAAUUACUUCUUCUACAAGUUUGGGCUGGAGAUAUGUUUUUUGAUGACUGUCAAUGUAAUUGGUCAACGGAUGGAUCUGUAUGCCAUGCUUCAUGCUUUUUGGUUAUUUGCAUUACUCUACCGACGCCGCAGAAAAGCCAUUGCAGAACUCUGGCCGAAGUACUGCUGUUUCCUAGCAUGCAUUUUGACCUUUCAGUACCUACUUUGUAUUGGAAUCCCACCGGCUGCCUGUAAAGAGUAUCCAUGGAGAUAUGCAAGUGCCAAAAUCAACUCAAACUUUAUUAAGUGGUUGUACUUUCCAGACUUCAUCACAAAUCCAAAUCCAAUGUUCCUUAUCUACGACUUCAUGAUGUUGCUGUGUGCAUCGCUGCAGUGGCAAGUGUUUGAAGAUGAAAACAGAGCUGCAGUGAGGAUAGUUGCUGGGGACAAUGUGGAGAUUUGUAGAGAUUUGGAUGCAGCCACAUUCAGUCAACAUAACCCAGUACCAGACUUCAUCCAUUGCAGAUCCUAUCUGGAUAUGAUAAAAGUCAUUGGAUUCAGUUAUUUAUUUUGGUUCGUGCUUACAAUCAUCUUUAUCACAGGAACUACACGAAUCAGCAUUUUCUGCAUGGGUUACCUGGUUGCUUGUUUUUAUUUCCUGCUUUUUGGUGGCGACCUUUUACUAAAACCUAUUAAAAUAAUCCUGCAGUACUGGGACUGCCUUAUUGCCUACAAUGUUUUUGUGAUCACAAUGAAGAAUAUUCUAUCUAUAGGAGCAUGUGCCUACGUCAAUUCUUUAAUCUUGAAAAGCUGUUGGUUAAUCCAAACAUUUGGUCUCGUUUGUACUGUUAAGGGCUAUGAUGACCCCCCUCCUCAGAAUCUAAAGAAAUGCCCAUUACCCAAAGAUGAAGCAGGCAUUAUAUGGGACAGUAUAUGUUUCUCCUUUCUGUUGCUACAGCGAAGAGUUUUCAUGAGUUAUUACUUCUUGCAUGUUGUGGCUGACAUAAAAUCUGCUCAAAUCCUUGCAUCGAGAGGUGCAGAGCUGUUUCAAGCUACAAUUGUAAAAGCUGUGAAGGCUAGGCUUGAAGAGGAAAAGAAGUCAAUGGAUCAACUCAAAAGACAGAUGGAUCGCAUCAAAACAAGACAACAAAAAUACAAAAAAGGCAAAGAGAGAAUUCUCAGUUUGACUCAGUCGGUAGAUAUGCAGGAUCCUCAGGUGAAGCAGGAAGAUGAUGAUGAUGAUGAUGAUGAAGGAGAACCAGAGAAAGACAAAGCCAAGGGCAAAAAAAAGCAGUGGUGGCGGCCCUGGGUUGACCAUGCUUCUAUGGUACGAAGCGGAGAUUACUAUCUCUUUGAGACAGACAGUGAGGAGGAGAAUGAAGAAGAAGUAAAAGAAGAUGAAGAACAACCCAAAAAAUCAGGUUUCCAGUUCAUUUAUCAGACCUGGAUGAAAGAUUCAAAGUCAGUAUUAAAAGAAAGGGAGAAAAAUAAGCGGAAAGGAUGGGAAUGCGGUAAAAAAGAAGCAGGAGGUCACAUUGCAAUUGAAUGUGAAGAGACAGAAGAGCUCCCAACACCAGAAGAAGUGCAUAAAGACUCUAAUGCACCAGAUAAUGUUAUCAAGCGAGUGUUUAAUCUUCUGAAAUUCACGUGGGUUCUUUUCUUGGCUCUGGUGGACAGUUUUACAAAAUGGUUAAAUUCAAUCUCAAAAGAAUGCAUUGAUAUAUCUACAGUGCUGAGGAUAGAGAGAUGUAUGCUUACAAGAGAGGUGAAGAAGGGAAAUGUUCCAUGCCGUGACAGUAUCCAUAAUUACUACAAGCACCAGAUGAAAAUGCACAGUUCACGAGAGUCAGGUCUGGAUAGAAAUGAUGAUGGUACCAGAUGUGCUGCUUUAAUUAUCCACGAAGGAAACCGAGAAGUUGGUGCUGAGAGAAUGGAUAGCACGGAUUCUAUAGCUUCUCGUGAUAGUCUGUCCAGUGAGCCAACACAAUGCACAAUGUUGUAUUCACGUCAAGGAACCACAGAUACAAUUGAAGAAGUGGAAGAUGAGCAGGAUGAAGGAGCAACUGUUCCUGUAUGCACAACAGAUAUCAUGACUGAGGAAGUUCCCCCUUCAUAUAGCAAAGCUGUUAGCCUUGAUCGCCUAUCCUUUAGUUCAGAUUCAGCUGGUGAAAAACACCUCAUGGCACUUACCCCAGAUAGCAGAAUGGAUCUAGUGGAAGAUACUAUCUUUCCAAAUUUAAGCCAUGAACUAACAGCAAGUGAACUGCUUCUUAACAAAAUGUUUUAUGAUGAAGAAUUAGAAGAGUCAGAAAAAUUCUACGAAGCCCAGCCUCGAGCUCUACUUCUAUUCUUUGCUCUAUAUAAUACCUUGGUAGCUCGUUCGGAAAUGUUGUGUUUCUUUGUUAUUAUACUGAACCACAUGGUUUCAGCUUCAAUGAUUACUCUGGUACUUCCUGUCCUCAUCUUCCUCUGGGCUAUGCUGUCUGUUCCCAGGCCAAGCAAACGCUUCUGGAUGACAGCCAUUGUGUAUACUGAGGUAACAAUUGUGAUCAAGUACUUUUUCCAGUUUGGAUUUUUCCCAUGGAAUGAAAAUUUGAGUAUAAGUCGAGAAAAACCUGAAUUUCCCCCAAAUAUAAUUGGAAUUGAGAAGAAGGAAGGCUAUGUGCAUUAUGACCUUAUACAGCUGCUGGCACUGUUCUUUCACCGAUCCAUUUUAAAGUGCCAUGGUUUAUGGGACGAGGAUGAUAAAAAUGAAAAUACUUCCACUAAAGAUGACAUGGAAGAAGAUCAUCUAAAUGAAUCUCAGAGAAAGAACUCUCUAGGUUCUUUGAAAUCAAUUAAUUUGCAAGCAUCUAUGGAUUCUAUACAUGUUCAUUUUCCAGAACAGACAGCAGCCAGAAGAUUGAGUUCAACAGGGUCACAGAUCUCAAAUCGAUCAUCACAUAGGUCACAAAGAGGCAGUAUAAGUACCCGAAACAGUAGUAGUCGGAAAGGAAGUGGGUCACUCAGUGUCCAACCAAAGAGUAAAAUGGAGCUUUUAUUGGAAAAAUUAAGAGAGCAAAUGAUCAAGGCAAAAGCCAUUGUCAUUGCAAAAACUCUUCAAAUAUAUAUCCCAAUCAAACAUUUCUUCUACAACAUUAUCCAUCCAGAGUAUAGUGCAGUAACAGAUGUCUACGUGUUGAUGUUCAUGGCUGAUGUUGUAGACUUCAUUGUCAUUAUCUUUGGUUUUGGAGCAUUUGGGAAACAUUCAGCAGCUGCUGAUAUCACAUCUUCUUUGUCAGAGGAUCAAGUGCCAGAGGCAUUUUUGGUGAUGUUAAUAAUUCAAUUUGGAACAAUGGUGGUAGAUCGAGCACUCUAUCUCAGAAAGACAGUCUUAGGAAAAGUUGUCUUUCAAGUCAUCCUCGUUUUUGGAAUUCACUUCUGGAUGUUCUUUAUCUUGCCAAAAGUGACAGAACGGAGGUUUAGCCAAAACAAAGUUGCGCAGAUUUGGUACUUUGUUAAAUGUGUUUACUUUGGAUUGUCAGCAUAUCAGAUACGCUGUGGUUACCCAACACGUGUGCUUGGUAACUUUCUGACAAAGAGUUACAACUACAUCAACUUGUUCCUCUUUCAAGGAUUUCGACUAGUUCCAUUCCUGACUGAGCUCAGAGCAGUGAUGGACUGGGUCUGGACAGACACAACCCUUAGCCUCUCAAGUUGGAUCUGUAUAGAAGACAUUUAUGCCCAUAUUUUUAUUCUGAAGUGCUGGCGUGAAUCUGAGAAGAGAUAUCCCCAGCCACGUGGACAGAAGAAAAAGAAGGUUGUGAAAUAUGGCAUGGGUGGCCUUAUCGUCUUCUUGCUAAUAUGCAUUGUGUGGUUUCCACUCCUCUUCAUGUCCUUAAUCAAAUCUGUUGCUGGUGUGACAAACAAACCUUUGGAUGUUUCUGUCACAAUAACCAUUGGAGGUUAUCAGCCUAUCUUUACAAUGAGUGCCCAGCAGAAGCAGCUGCAAGAUUUUAAUGCAAGUCAGUACAACAAACUUUUAAGGAAAUAUAACGAUAAUCCUGCUGCUAUGCAGUUUCUGGAUGCAUACAUGAAAGAAGACAUUCUGAUUGCGCAACUUGAAGGAAAUUCAAAUUCUCUCUGGACUAUCAGUCCACCAAGUCGGACGAAGAUGAUAGAAGAAUUAAAUGAUAAUGCUUCAAAAAUCUCCAUUGUUGUAUCUUGGUCUGUUCAAAGGAAUGUCAUUCUUGGUGGAAAAUCAGAAAUUGCUUCCGAUAAACUCUCGUUUGACAUUCAACCGCAGGCCAGAUUAGGACUUGCUGCAUUGAUGGAAAGAAAUGAGAGCAAACCUGUAAAACUUGAAAAGAUAUUUCCAAACUACAUUAGGGCUCCCAGUGAUUCUGGAACAAAACCUGUAAAACAGCUUUAUGAAAAUGAUGCCAACUACUGUGAACUUGUUCUAAAACUGGUUAAACAAAAAGACAACAUUACAGGACACAUUCAGGAAUGGUGGACUGUUAAUCAAACGGAAAGAUUUGACAGAAAUAAUGAUAAAGAAAGCUUAGAAAUUAUUGUAUUCAGUGAUAAAGUUAGCCCGCCUAGCCUUGGGUUUCUUGCUGGUUAUGGUAUUAUGGGUCUGUAUGCAUCAGUUGUGCUGGUCAUUGGAAAGUUUGUACGUGAGUUCUUCAGUGGGAUCUCUCACGACAUUAUGUUCGAAGAGCUGCCAAAUGUGGAUCGAAUUUUGAAAUUAUGUACAGAUAUCUUCCUGGUUCGAGAGACUGGAGAACUGGAAUUGGAGGAGGAUCUGUAUUCCAAGCUAAUCUUCUUGUAUAGAUCACCAGAAACUAUGAUCAAAUGGACACGUGAAAAGACAAAGUGAAAUCUUCUGCUAAUGUGGAUGUAGAGGGGUUUUUUUUUUUGGAAAUAAAAAAGCACAAUAUCACUGAAAAGCCAAGCUAUUCAGCUAGGUGACAGCAGCUUUUCCUUAUGGAGCCCAGGCAGUCGCACGUUCCUUAAGUCCUCUCUGUCUACAGUCUCUCUGCAGAUACUAAAGACUGGUGCUUGUUCUAACAUUCAGCACCAAUUAUGGAAAUGAUUCUGUGUCGCAACUGAAUCCAGUUUUUUUCUAUUUUUAGUCAGCCAAAAUCAGGGCUUCCGAAAUGCUUACCUUUCUUGCAGGUAUCAUCUAUAUCAGUCCUUUAUAUUUCUUGAUGUGAUGCAAUGAUUUUGGGCCAUGUAAUCUGCUGUCAUUACCACCCAUUACCAGAGGAACAAGGCCUGGAGUGAUUCAAUAUUGACAAAAUAGUGAGGACAUCACCGACAAAUAAGAAUUCUUGGAUAUCACUGGUGAUGUAAGCGUAUCCUGACUGGCCUGAGCAAGGAAAAUAAUUUGACAAUCUGUUUUGAAUGCCUUAUUUUAUUUAUACAGUCAUUAGAAAAGUAUCACCAUGUCAAUGACCUUUCUCAGGAAAAAGUUCAUUUAUGUCUUCUGUAACUUCAUUAUCUUAUAAAAACAAUGUGGGUACACAUUACUGCAAUGCAAUCAAAAAUAUUCCACCUUGAGCAAAUGCUCCUCUAAGAUGAAAGGCCCUGGUGACAUCAGUGAAAGUACUUGAAACU